AUAUUUAUUUACAUUAUGUUGUAUUUCGCAGAAGUUUCACCAACCAACGUAACAAACAAUUGCAUAGAGCCGAACAAUCGUGUAAACAACCGUUGUUUUGCCGGUUUGGUAUAGUGGUAGAGAGAUAAAUGUUAAAGAGAACAAAGUUGUAGUUAGAUUCUAGUGCACGGAGCGGACGUAACAGGCAAGUGGAAAUGGAAGCAAGAAACACAGACGUAACAGCUAAUGGUAUUGACGCCGAACGAAACAAAGCUAAGGACAAAAAACGAACUCGAAGAGAUUCUCAUAAAGCAAAAGAUUCACCAAUAACUGGGGUCAUUACCAAUGGUGCAAGCGCAAAUGGUGCUGUUAAAAGAUCAGGCAAGCUUGGUGACCGAAAGUCCAGAUCUAUUUAUGGAAGAGGAUUGCCAAAGAAAGGUGGUGCUGGUGGUAAAGGGACUUGGGGAAGAUUAGGAGAUGAAAUGCAACCUUUGCCAAGUUGCUUGGAUGACCAUGACCCUAAUUAUGAUUCGGAAGAACAGGAGGAAAUCACUUACAAAGCUGUUAAGCCUGAAUGGAACAGAGAUGAGGUGGAAAAAACUGUUAUUCCAAUAAUCAAUGAGUAUUUUGAACAUACACAAAAGGAAGAGGCAAUUGAAUCUCUUGGCAGUCUUAACAUUGGUGACAAGAAAGCUUUGGUUGUUAUAUGUCUUGUGACUCUUGCAUUGGAAAGAAAGAAUGAAUUCCGUGAGCUGGCUUCAGAGUUACUGAAAGCAUUCAUGACUCCAUUGCACCAUAUUCAAAGCAAUGGAAACUCUAAUGGCAAUCACUCUGGUAAAUUUGGAUCUGCACUGAUCAGCAAGGAUGACGUCAUUAUUGGACUUCUAGCACUGUGCGACGAUCUUCCUGAGCUAAUACUUGAUACUCCAGAUGCACCAGAGGUUUUGGGUAAAUUUAUCGCACGUGCAAUUUCCGACAAUGCAGUGAGUUCGGAUAUUAUUGAAACGAUGAUGGAAGAGCCAGACUGUGAGCUUAUAAUGGCUUGUGCUAAAGAAGUAAAAUGCCAGUUGAAAAUUCAUCACAAUAAGCUGAAGAACGUGUGGGGUGUUGCAGGUGGUAUUCAACCUGUAUCAGUGCUUAAGGGAAAGAUAACGGCUUUAUUGAAGGAAUAUUUAUCAUCUGGUGAUAGCGAGGAAGCCAUGAGAUGUGUUGCAGAUCUUGACGUGCCACAUUUUCACCAUGAGCUGGUUUAUGAGGCAGUUGUAAUGGCCAUCGAAGUAAGCACUGACAGAGCAUCGAACAUGUUGGUUCAUCUUCUUAAGAGAUUUGCAGACACUACUGUUGUUACUGCUGAUCAACUAACUCAGGGAUUCCGACGAGUAUAUGAUGAAAUGCCAGAUAUCAACCUGGAUGUUCCAAAUGCUUAUUUCUACUUGGAGCAGAUUGUUAACAAGUGUCAUGACUUGAAAGUCAUUUCACUUAAAUUGAAAGUUCAAGCUCCAAACAGAAGCCGCAAGCGCUUUGUCAGCGAGGGCGACGGAGGUCGUCUAAAAAACUACAAGAACGACAGUUACUUCGACCUUGUUUAACUUCCAGUAACUUUGCUGCGAAUGACGUUUAAACAGCUUGUGUGUUUUGCAUUAGUGCGUCCUUUUGAUGUCGCUAUAUCUGUUUUGUGUGGAUGCUUUUAUAUUGCGCUCCGAGUCCGUAUACGUAUGUUAAGCUGGUAGUUUGGCUUCAUCAGCCACUUAUUGUUCGUAGGAUCCCCUUUGUUGGUUGGUUAUUGUGUUCCGCGUCACCGUUCGCUUCGUAACUAUAUGCGACGGUCACCACAUUUUGUGCAUCGUGUCAUUCAGUUCUUUUUACCGAUUUUUUUACAGCAACGCUGCAAGUUUCUGUUGUUCCAUCAUGUAAUUGCGUUCCAUAAAUGAGUUUCAAAAACGCCUUUGUCAAGAAAAAUCAACGUAUAACUGGAUUUUGUAUUCAAACCAGCUUUUUAAUUUCCAAAAAAAGACUGAUUAUAAUGUAUGCAAUAUGAGAAGUUGAAACCGUAUCAGUAAAAACAUUUCUGUGUAUAUUUCGUAUAUUGAAAAUAAAUUUUUGCUCCACGGUUACGAGUUGUUAA